AUGCGGGGCAGCAUCGCCGGAAUCGAAGACGGUAUCACCGGCACGCAGGUUCGUCCGAGCUACCACGGCCUAGUGCUCGAGCUGAUCGACUACACCUAUGCGUCGCUGAUCGUGGCCCCGCUGGUAGUAUGUUACUGGCGGGGGACCUGGAAUCUGAUGGGUUUGUACAUAUUCCCAACGGACCAGACAACUAGCCUCAUCGUGUCGCUCGCCAUUGGCAUCGUAGGCCAUAUCGUGUUCAACAUCUUCCAGUCCACGCUUCGACAGCAUCUCAAUGCAGACAAGCAUCGGAUAGCGUACUACAUUGGCUCGCGCAUGUACACCAUCAUCUAUGGGGCCGUGUGCGUUAAUGGCUGGCGAGGCGGAUGGCAGCUGAUCGAUCUUUACACAACGCACGAUGUCCUGUACGUGGUGCUGAUCACACUGGGCUGCUUAUUCAUUCUCGCAUGCCUCAAGGGGGUGCGCAAUGUGAUGGGCACGCCGUUCCUCAUCGUCAAUGAUUCGCGACGGGACUACUUUGACAUCCCGACGUACUUCAAACUAACGGGCUCCAAAGAUCCCGGACUUUAUGUAUUGGAUUGCAUGUUUAGCGUGCUUGUCAUCGGUACAUUGGUGGUGUUUGUUUGGCGUGGACUUUGGAUAUUACUGGACCAGAAGCUCUUUCCGGGCGAUGAAGGCAAAUCAGCUUGGGCGUCAAUAAUCAUAGGUUAUGCUGUGACAGGCCUGACCUUCUCGUUGCAACCCCUAAUGCGUUGGAGUUGCGAUCGCUUGACCGGUUUGUGCCGCGUUAUCGUAGCAGAUCUGUUUCUGUUCUUAAGUUUCAUUGGCACGAUCAAUGUUUGGCGAGGUAUUUGGCAAGCCCUUGAUACAUACUUUUUGCCCAAUGAACCAUUGUUGAGCAACUGGAUAACGCACGGUGCGUCCCUGUUGCUGCUGAUUCUGUUGAAUUGUUCCAACUCGGUGCUGGUUCGUGGUGUCUACAUCGAUGCGGAGGAACCAGCCGGUCAGUGCGUUGUGUUUCCAGUCUAUUACAUUCGAUUGUUCUUCCAAAAAGAGCGCAAGAAAAAGCAACGACGUCUAUUUGACGCACUGGAACGGGCCGAUCUCAACAGCACAGGUGGAGUGCUGCCGGAGAAGAAACACCACCAUCAGCCAACAUCGCAACAGCAACAGCAGCAACAACAGUUGCCACAGCAUCACCACAUUACCGCAGACCAGAAUCAUCAAGUCAUUCGAAACCUAGAAGCUGUUCCCUUAACCAUCAUUGACGAUCCAAAGAGCAACGGUGAUCACAGUACUCAUCCUUCUAGAAAGUAAGCCUACGGCAAAACAAAAGGUAGAUACGAAUUCUACUACGACGCACUGAGGUUAUUUCAAUAGCUAAGCUAUUGCAGGGCACCUACAACCAAUCCAACACUCCUUGUCAUGUAUUAAACCAUAUUCUUAACGUCGCGAUAUUCCAUUCUUUCAUGAGUUAUAAAACUAUUCGACCAAUAUUUAGGAACAUAGAAUUCUAAACCACUCGACUCGUUCCUUCCGUGCAUAGCAAUUUUCCAAUGAAAUAAAACCUAUGCUGAAGUUAUAAGCGAGCAUAAUUUCAUAUAAACCCUACCGCCUGUAUGUCGUGUGUUUUACUGUAUCCCAUUUACAAAACAAAACCAAAUCUUUGAAAACCUAGCAGUAUACGUGAAGAAAUUAAGUGUUUUAGUUGUAUAAGAGACUAUUAGGCGUGAUAGGAUUUUUUACCGACUAAGGACUCAUACUCGCUAAGCCAACUCUGCUAUAGUAUGUGCACGCUAAAUUUUACCAUUUAGUCAACUGAUUUGCGUUGAAAAAAAGAAGUAACACUCUUAAUCAUUAACGCAAUAUAUUUCAUUUUGUAAAUAUACUAGAAUCGA